GAUAAAUUUUUGAGCUAUGGCAUACAAUUUUUUGCUUUCGAGACUUAUCCCAUUUUUCCAUAUUUUCAUUCUAGUCCUAACCCUACCAUUAUUCACAAACGGGUCUCAGGCGCCACUAUUCGCCUGCGACCCGGCCCAGCCCACAACCAAAACCUUCGGGUUUUGCAAUACUUCCAUCCAUAUAAGGGACCGAGUUCGGGAUUUAAUCGGGAUAUUGAGUUUGCAAGAAAAAAUAAAGUUGCUUGUCAAUAAUGCGGCGCCUGUGGAGAGAUUGGGGAUAAAGGACUACGAGUGGUGGUCAGAGGCCCUGCACGGGAUUUCCAAUGUGGGCCCCGGCGUUAAAUUUAACGGCGAGAUUAGCCACGCCACUAGCUUCCCUCAAGUAAUUACCACAGCUGCUACUUUCAACGUUACCCUAUGGAUGCUGAUUGGCCAGGCGGUAUCUACGGAAGGCAGGGCAAUGUACAACCAUGGUAAGGCCGGGCUGACUUAUUGGAGCCCGAAUGUGAAUAUUUUUCGGGACCCACGGUGGGGCCGAGGCCAAGAGACCCCUGGUGAGGACCCAUAUGUGGCCGCCAAAUACGCUGCCAGCUAUGUGAGAGGACUGCAGGGCAACCCCAAAAAUGGGUUGAAAGUAACCAAACAGGAUUUAGAGGAAACAUACAAUGUUCCUUUCAAGGCUUGUGUGUCUGAAGGCAAAGUUGCAAGCAUAAUGUGCUCCUACAAUCAGGUCAACGGCAAACCCACCUGUUUGGACUUGAAUUGUGGGUCUUUCCUUGCGGACCACACAGAAGCCGCAGUAAGAGAGGGAAAACUAAAUGAGAGCCAUGUGAACGUGGCAUUGGCCCAUUUACUUACCAUUCAAAUGCGUUUGGGUAUGUUUGAUGGCCCAUACCAGCGAUAUGGUUAUUUGGGCCCAAAACAUGUGUGCACAAAGGAUCAUAAAAAGUUGGCACUUGAAGCAGCCCAACAAGGCAUUGUUUUGCUGAAAAAUGAUAAUCAACUUUUACCACUAUCCGCUGGCAGGCUUCGAUCUGUUACCGUUAUUGGGCCUAAUUCAAAUGCCACGGAAACCAUGAUAGGCAACUAUGCUGGAAUUCCAUGUGACUACAUUAAUCCCUUACAAGGAAUAUCAGAUUAUGUUGAUAAGAAGACCAUAAUUUUUCAUGAAAUGGGAUGCACUGACGUCACUUGCACCAUGAACAAAGAAUUUGAUCGAGCUGAGGAGGCUGCUCGAAAGGCUGAUGUCACAAUCCUAUUUAUGGGCCUCAGCCAAGUCAUCGAACGUGAAGGAUUGGAUAGAAUUGGGCUGUUACUACCGGGCCGCCAACAGGAGCUUGUAUCAAGAGCGGCUGGUGCUUCUAAAAAGCCCGUAAUACUUGUCAUAAUGUCUGGUGGCCCAUUUGAUAUCUCGUUUGCCCAAAACAACUCCAAAAUUGGAGCCAUUUUGUGGGCUGGGUAUCCAGGAGGGAAGUUGCCCAUGACAUGGUAUCCUCAAGACUAUGUAGACAAAGUGGUAAUGAGUGAUAUGAAUAUGCACCCUGAUCCGAAAAGACACUAUCCUGGCCGAACUCACAGAUUUUACAAUGGCCCAAUUGUAUUCCCAUUUGGAUAUGGGCUAACUUUCACUAACUUCAAACGCACUAUAGCCCACGGCCCAACAAAAAUUUCCAUCCCUAUAAUAACAAGUAAGAAAGCUAUAAACAAAACCGCCCUAUCAAGUAAAGCUAUUAGGGUUUCUAGGAUAAAAUGUGACGCUUUAUCUUUAGAAUUGGAAGUUGACGUAGAGAAUCAAGGGCAAAUGAAUGGGCAUGACACGAUAAUGAUCUUUGCCUCUACAAAUGGGAUUGUGAAAAAUCUAGUAGCAUUUGAGAAAGUUCAAGUGCUUAAAGGAAGAACAAGGCGCGUUAGACUCAAAAUUGAUGCAUGCAAGCAUUUGAGUGUCGUGGAUCGAUUUGGAAUCCGAAGAAUCCCAUUGGUCGAACACAUUCUUUACAUUGGUGAGAAGAUUAAACACGUCAUUACGAUCCAAAAUGCGGUUGAGGUGGUCAAGCCAUAAUAAACAUAUAAAGCUCGGCACAAUAAAUAUUAUUUUGUAUGAGUUUGUGCCUACGGAUGAAAAUGGUGGUUGGAUCAUAGACCUGAUGGUCUUUCAAGCUAAGGGACGUGCAGUUUACUGGUUGCAUGCAUCAUAAUAUUGAGGAUAAAACCAGUUUUUUGGUCCUUUAUCUUAUAUGACUUCCAUUAAUUUUGGAUUUAGUCAAAUUGUCCAUUUUUUAUCCAUUAUCUGGAAUUUUUUUUUUAGAAUUUUGGUCCUCUUACCAACUUCAACUGGAUAUUUCACCGGGAUGUUGACGGGACAUAUUAAAAAAUUACCAGUUUCGUCACUUAUCUGAUAC